CUUCUCUCCCUCGCUUUCUGUUUGCUUCACUUGGAAAAGGAAAAAAAAAAAAAAAACAAAAAGGGGAAGAUUAUUAUUUAUUUUUAUUAGUAUUUUAUUAAAUAUGUAUUAAAAGGCUUUGGUAAAGGGAAAGCUAAAUUUGAUUCAAAGUGCUCUUGUUUCUGAAUCCGGGAAUUUUCAUUUAUUUUCUUGGGAAUCAAACCGAGUUCUGAUUUUGCUUUGGUCUUUGUUUUUGAGUGAAAAAUUGGAUUGAAUUUUGUGAAAUUUAGAUUCUGUUUGGCUUUGAAGGUUAGGUAAUUUUGGUUUGGGGACAUUUACUAAGGAAAUGAGCAAAGAAAGGCCGCCUGAACCUCUUGAUUUCUUCAUUUGGACUGUUGAGGAUGUGGGUUUGUGGUUGGAAGAGAUAAACCUGGGUAGCUACCGACAGAUUUUCAAAGAGAAUGGUGUCAAUGGAGAGUAUUUAGAGGGCAUGUCCAUGUUCACAACUGAACAGAUUCUACGGUUUAUAAGGCGGUGCCACAUGAAAUGGGGAGACUUCAUCACGCUGUGUAAGGAGCUCAGACGAAUAAAAGUGGCUUGCCUAAAAGGAGAGCAAAAAGUUCGCCGGCCAUGGUGGGCUCCGUCUUGCCUCUCUAUAGUCUUUGUCAAGGUAGCAAAACGCAACAGACAGUCACGAGUUGUUUCUUUGAAGCUGGAACCCUGAAGGAAAAAAGAAAAUCGUACGUGUAUGUAUUUGUAGUUUUGUUUUUGCUUAGGGAACAGAAUAGUAGAGAACUCAAAAACUUUUGUUGUCAAUCUGGCAAGAUCUUGCUGAAAGUUCUUCAAUGGAGAACUUUCUUUCAUAUACGGGCUUUUUUUUUAUAUAUUUAUUCCUGAUGAUUUGUAGUUAUACUUCUGUUUCAAUCUUGAGAGCAGAAUAUGAAUGUCAUGUCAAGAAAAUCACUGUAAUAUUGUUCAGUUGAGAAAAAAUUUGCUCUUGGACAUUCUCCACAGAAAUUUUAUAGCAUCAAUCUUUCCCUGAUUAUUUAACAA